AUGGCUGCCACUACCACCUUAGCGGGCGCUCCCCCAUUGACCCCUGCCAAGGCUGAGGACAGUCCUGGCUCAAACACCUGGCAGUACUCGACCGUCAACGCGAAUAACGCUGCCGACAUCGCUUGGUUCUCUGACGUGGUACUGAUCAGCCACAAGCCGACGGAGCUUGAGGUGUACACGUUGGAUUUCAAGCGCGACGCGCUUGUCGGGACGGUCCAGGUCGACAGAUGGCAGGACAACAUUGGCGAGCCGUGGAACAGCAGCUGGUACUACCAGCGGCUCACUGGCUGCACUGCUACCAAGUUCAGCGGCACGACGGCCGUGUCCCGCCAGCCAGGGCACAUCGAGCACGCGUACUGGUACAAGGGGCGCAAGUGGGAGGACGCCCCCUUGGACGGCGCUCCCAAGGCAUACAGCAAGACGCGCCUCACGUCUGUCAGCCGCAAGCCCGCGUGCAUGGACGUGUUCCGGGUCGGCCUCAACCUGUCUAUCCAGAGCGCGAGCUUCCUCGGCGGCGUCGGCUGGAGGUUCCUCCAGAUUGCGCACCCGGGCGCUGCUGCCACGGGGGGCGGCGGCAUCAAGGCCAUCUCGCGCAACCAGGACCACAUCGAGCUUUCUACGAAGAAGCGAAGGGAUGGGCCGCCGGCGACACUCGAUGGGGGCGUACUCAUCACCCCCAAGGGCGCCGUCCAGAAAAUGUGGUUCGAUUUUGACGGCAAUGGCUGGCACAAGGGGACGCUAGCUCCGGACGGCUCUGCCGUGCCCGGCCAAGCAGGAAACGGCAUCGCCGGCGGCAUCACGGCUGUCUCUAGAAACAAGGACAACCUCGAGGUCUUUUACACCAGCCCUGCCGGAGCCAUCAAGUACCUGGGCUGGAAGUACAGGGUUGGCUGGGCUGCAUCCGAGUGA